CUCUCUCUCUGUGGAGCGUUGUUCUUGGAAUCCGAUCCCUCGCGGUACUCCAAAGAUUGAAGGACGAGGCGUCACAGACGAUACGACGCCCGAGGCUUCUGUCGAGCCAAGAUAAACUAAUAUAGCAGUAAAAGGUCUUCAUCUUUUCCGUCACGGCUGACUCCGGCAUCAGAGGCGUGUCCCAGCCAAAUAAUACAUUCAGCGUACUCGGAACUAUUUGGCCAGUCUCACUAAUCUCUAUAACCAGCAGUGACUGCAGAUCCCGGAGAAGAUGGAUACCUUUUCUCAUGUUCCCCCCGGGUUUCGGUUCCACCCGACGGAGGAAGAACUCGUGGAUUACUAUCUUAAGAAGAAGGUAGCAUCAAGAGGGAUCGAUCUUGAUAUCAUAAAGGACGUCGAUUUGUAUAAGAUCGAGCCAUGGGAUCUUCAAGAUAGAUGCAAGAUAGGAAGGGAGGAGCAAAAUGAGUGGUACUUCUUUAGCCACAAGGACAAGAAGUAUCCGACCGGGACACGGACGAAUCGAGCGACAGCGGCCGGAUUCUGGAAGGCCACCGGAAGGGACAAGCCGAUCUACUCCAAGAACAGCUUGAUCGGGAUGAGGAAGACGUUGGUGUUCUACAAGGGUCGAGCGCCUAACGGGCAGAAGUCGGAUUGGAUCAUGCACGAGUACCGUCUUGAAUCCAACGAGAGUGCACCGCUGCAGGAAGAGGGAUGGGUUGUGUGCAGGGUUUUCAAGAAGAGAAUGACGGCGACGCCCAUCGGACGAGCAAGCGGACAUGACUCCGCAUGCUGGUACGACGAUCAUGCAUCCUUGGUGCCGGAGCUCGAUUCCCCGAGGCAAGCAGGAGCGCGGCCGGGGAUGGCGUUCCUCCAGCUGCCCCAGCUGGAGAGCCCCAAGCUUCCCUUCGACGUUGGCCAUGCAGCUGCUCUCCACCCACCCGCGAUCACGCAGGACGACCUGAUGCAAUAUUCCAACAAGCAGCUUCAGGUUUUCUCCACCUACAACAUCGCCGGAGCUACUGAUCAUUCGGUGGAGCAGGUCACGGACUGGAGGGUGCUCGACAAGUUCGUCGCGUCCCAGCUCAGCCAUGACGGCGGCGUCUGCAAGGAGCUCCACUGCUCCACUUCUGAGAAGCCUGAGGUAAAUGCCGAACGUGCUUCGACUUCCAACUGCAGUGCUGCCCAAAUCGAGCUGUGGAAGUGAAGGCGUCCGAUAGUUGACUGGAAAUACUGAUCAUUAGGAGGUAAAUAGGUGUCGAAACAUGUGGAAGGCCACGGAUUUAAUGUACAUAACAUGAAGCCGAGGGUUUGGAUGAUUGACUCGAUCUCUCUCGAACUAUGGACUCUUUCGUUUGGUCCAUUGUUUGACAGCAAGAUUUGCUGUCAUCACAAUAUGU